GCGGCGCCCAGGGGACAAAUGUUUGCGGUAAUCGCGGUGUACGUUUAAUCAGCGCGGUAAGGAUGCGGUGAUAUUGCAGUCGCGCCGUCGACGUAACGAACCGCGUUCGAGGGAGACUCUUCUCGGUUUAUCGCGCUCGCCGCUGACGCGCGGAGAGCGCGCGCGCGAGAGAGAGAGAGAGAGAGAGAGACCGAGACCGGUGGCCAAGCGCGCGCUUUUCGACGAUGAGCGCCGAGAACGAGACGUGGAGAUCGUCGUUGCUGCCGAUAUGCGUGAACGCGGUGAUGUCCGUGUUCGCGUACGGCCUGACCGUCCGCCUGAUUCCUCGGAUAAAGUCGAUGUUCGUCGAGGCUAACCUCUACGGCGUCGACAUGAGCAAGAGGAGCAGCGGGAAAGUACCGGAGGCGAUAGGCGUUGUUACCGGAUGCGUGUUUCUCAUAACGAUGUUCCUAUUUAUCCCCGUGCCAUUUACAGAUUGCAUAUUUAGGAAUACAAACUUCCCGCACGACAAGUUCGUCGACUUCCUGGCUGCGUUACUGUCCAUAUGUUGCAUGCUACUCCUGGGCUUUGCCGACGAUGUUUUGGAUCUCCGUUGGCGGCACAAACUACUUCUGCCCACCAUAGCGUCUUUGCCGCUACUGAUGGUUUACUACGUAAACUUCAACUCCACGAUAAUCAUCGUACCGAAGCCGUUGAGAGCGUGGCUUGGUUUCUCGCUGGAACUGUGGAUUUUUUAUUACGUGUAUAUGGGAAUGUUGGCGGUGUUUUGUACAAACGCUAUUAAUAUAUUAGCCGGGAUAAACGGCCUGGAGGUCGGGCAGAGUUUAAUCAUCGCCACGAGCAUUCUCGUCUUCAAUGUCGUCGAGUUAUUUGGCAGCCAGUGGAAGGCGCAUCAGUUUUCGAUAUAUUUUAUGCUGCCUUACAUAGCGACUUCCCUCGCGCUGUUGAAAUUUAAUUGGUAUCCCUCGCAGGUUUUCGUGGGCGACACGUUUUGCUACCUGUCGGGAAUGACUUUCGCCGUCGUCGGUAUCCUAGGCCACUUCAGCAAGACGACCCUGCUGUUUUUCAUCCCGCAAAUAAUCAAUUUUUUAUACAGCGUACCGCAGCUGUUUCAUCUUGUACCGUGUCCCAGACACAGAUUACCAAAGUAUAACGAAAAGACGGACAAAUUGGAGCCUAGCGUAACUGUAUUCCUCAAAUCGGAACUGAACGCACUAGGCAAGCUGCUAAUGUGGAUAUUAAAAACAUUGAAAUUAGUCGAGUGGCAAGAAGACGGGGAAGGCAUUGUGACUUGCAAUAAUCUAACUUUAAUCAAUUUUGUGCUAAUCAAUGUUGGUUCAUUGAAAGAAUCAACACUCACUUCAAUUUUACUGGCAAUUCAGAUUGCCGGCAGUAUGAUGGCAUUUGUUAUAAGGUAUCCUUUGGCUUCCAUUUUUUAUGAUGUUUAAAUAAAUUAGCGAAAUGAAAUAAUAUACAUAUAAUUUACAAGAGUACAGAAAUAUAUUAAAAUUAUGAAAAUCGAGUUUACU